GCCGAUUAUAAUUGUCUGUCUAUUCAAAGAGUAGUUUUUGAAUGAAGUAAGUGUAAGAUGAAGAUCACACGAAACUUGGAAAUGCAAAUUUUGACCACGAUGAUGACCAUCAUCCUCUAACGAGUUCAGAUGAACUAAAAUGAAGCCGUUGCAGAUCAACUUUGAUUGCCCAAAAAAGAUCGAGAUCUAUUGAAGAAAGUGGAGACGAUGAUCCACAUGCGUUGAUCUCUCAAGCUAAAGAUCGAAGCGUGCUCAAGGAGUAAAGAAAAUCAGUAGUACAAACUUAAGCGGUGGACGAGAUCUUCUUCACGACGCGAUGCGCUGAAAUGUGGCCUAAGGCACCGUAGCCCUUUGUUUCUGGUCUCAGAUUAAACUACCCAUAGAUAUCAAUCUCUAUUUUUUCUCGAGAUUUGUUUCAAAAUUAGUUUUGCUCAUUCGAAGCAGAGCCGACCUUGACGGCAUCCUCCCCUUUUAUGAUUGCACACGACCUUCCAUUGUUGCCUAUAAAAACUGAGAUUGAUUGUCUUUUUCGUUCUCCCGCUUCUCCACAUGUGUCAUCACACAAUUUGAAGUCCACGAAUAACAUGAUGCUGGAGGAGAAGAAGUAUUGCGUAGAGCAUGGGUAUCUCUACCAGGAGGAGCCGGAGGAUCUGCGGAUGCUGAGUCGGUAUUUCUUCCCGAGCAAGAUCGGUGGAAAUCCCGCUUGGCUUGUCCCCGAAAGGUAAAGUUUAUAGACUUUUUUUUCCUUCUGUACCGACUGUCACUAGUCUGUUGACGUUGAGUAUAAUGCAUGAAAUACAUGACUCUACUAAUAUUCCAUCAGCAUCUAUCAUGAAGAGAAUAAUACCAUUCAAUGGCAGUGCACAUCUUCAUCUUGAUGAUAGGUAUCCUUCAGAGAAUGAGUUGUGUUGCCGACGAUGCGGGUCCCAAAUGGGAUUUCUGUUGCAAAUAUACGCUAGUCGAAGUGGAGAAUCGAGCAAGCAAUGUGCGCCGAAUCCAGCAGCGUUUCAUCGAAUGCUCUACCUCUUUUCGUGCAGGAAGUGCCCGGAUCAAUUUCGACUCUUCCGAUCACAGUUGCCACGUGUGAACGAAUACUACAUGGCCGAAAAUCCUCACGAUCUUGGAUCUGUCGCUUCCGUCAUGGACCUAUACCGAACAAGCGACGUAUAUCGAAAAGGAGAUAAAGAACCUCUAGGUACUUCUAGCUUUUCUACUAACUGUAGGAGUUGUAAAUGUAGUAAAGUUAAACACAACGUGAAUAUUUUUAUUUAAGAACAGGAAGAAAAAUUGAACAACGAACCAUCUGUUUCAUGUAGCAGUUGUUAGAUACAGAGCUCAGUAAAUAUUUCAUAAUCAAGUGAAUAGAAUAUGAUCAGGUUUGGCGUGGUUGUCUGAGUACGAGAUCGAUGCAGAGGCAGACUCGAGUUCUUCGGAAGAAUCAAGUUCGGACGAAGAGAUGGAUUUUGCCUCGAUUUUGCAAGAUCGGCGAGACAAAGAGCUUUACAAAGAGUACCUACGAAACACGACAUCUUCUGUAGAUGCAGCUGCGUCCGCCAAGAAUAUGAUCGUUUCAAGACUGCAACAAACAGCAAACGGGGAAUCAUUAUCAUUUUCUCCUGAGACACGUGCUAUCUCUUCGACUUCGGCAGCUGCAACCACAGUUAGUGCCACAAUGGCAUCCACCGACUCGUGGUCUGGGUCGGGAGCAGCAGGAGGGAACAAGCCAGCUGCAUCAGGAAGCUGCAAGAGUGUUGCGGCUAGGAAUGCGGCACGGGCUGCGGCAAUUGCUGGCACAGCAAAGAAAAAGCCACAGGUCCUGGUCGCAUCGUCUCCGAGUGCACCUGCUGGCUCGGAUGCGCGUCUUCGCGCUCAUGUCGAAGGACGAAAUCAACAAGACGCCGGAUUAGACACGACCUCCAAGACGACCUCCUUUUCACCCAGCAACACUGAGCAGGCUACUACUUGUGAAAAAGACAAAACCACGGCGGGAAAGGGAACAAUAGGAGCUAGCGGUAGUGCCGCCACUUGUAGUGUUUCCACCAGCACGACGACUAGCAGACGAGGCAGUACUCCGAAUGAUCCACCUCCUUCGCCUAUUCCUGUGAAGAAAGUUGUAUCAGAAGCACCCCCGGGGUAUCAGCUUAGUUCCCCAGAAUUCUGUACUUCGGCGACGACAACAUCUCCUGGCAGUGCUGGUUCAGUGACUAGUACAACUUCUACACCAUCAUCGACGCCAGAAGAUGAGGGCGAUUCUGAUCCAUCUUCACCAGCUCCCGCAGCAUCUCCUCGCGAAGCUCAAGUACAGGGGACAUCUGCACCAGGAGAUGACGAGGAUAUGGAUGCUUCUGAGAUGGCGUUUUUUGAAGAGUGGAAGAAGAAGUACGGCCGCGACCGCGACAGGGCCUUCAACACAUUCCAAAAAGAAGCGCGGCGGCGGCCACGCUGCAUAAUACGGGUUGUCAUGAACGACGACGAUGACGAUGAAGGUUCAACGUCAGUUGAUUCUUCAUCUGACGACGAGGACGAGGAAAACAAUGCAGGUGGAGGCGAUGACGACGGCACGACGACAAGUCAUGGUCCGGGGAGUCGCGAAAGUGCAGAUCAUUGCUCUUCCCCGCCAGCAUCAGGUUCUCUAGACAAAAAAGAGCAAGAGCAAGAGCAAGAACAAGAGCAGGCGCAGCCUUUUGUACAAGUUCAGACUGAAGAUGUACUAGAUCAAGCUAAAAAUCUUGAAUAUUAUAGUAAAUCACAAGCAUUGACGCCUUCCUUCACCUCGCCCACUACACCUGCAGCACCUUCGUCGUCCUCCUGCAAAGCUUUUGGCAGCAGAGAAAACAUGAUCCUGUGGUAUCACGAAAACGAGAAGGAGAAGACGAGACCGGGCUCAGUACCCCCUUGCUCACAUUGCGGUGGACCGCGGUCAUUCGAUUUUCAGCUAAUGCCCUCCUUGAUUUUCCUCUCAAAGUCCCACCAUGAGUUUGGAACCGUUCUUUUUUACACUUGCGACAACAGCUGUAGUGGCUCCUCUUCGUCAACUCCUGCUUAUUUUGAAGAGCAUUGCUUUGUGCAGGCGGAGCCCGCCGGUGACGAAGCAGUACUGGGUGGGUCGUAGCUUUUUUUCCGAAGUGGUCUCAAAGCGAAAGAUCUUCACAUUUUUUUAGAACAAUUAAAUUUUUCCCAAGCGCACCUUGGCGCAUGAAGAUAAUGAUUAGCCGCAAGAGCGACUCAACGCUGCUCUGGAAUGACGCC